CCCCCGCCCCCCCCGCCGCCGCCGCCGGCCCCCCCCCCGCCGCCCGCGCCGCUCCCCUGCCCGGUUCGCCGGCCCCGGGCGCGGGGGAGCGGCGGAGCCCGCACCCCGCCGGGUGCAUGGACAGGAGCUCCCUGCUGCAGCUCAUCCAGGAGCAGCAGCUUGACCCUGAGAACACCGGCUUCAUCGGCGUGGAGACGUUCGCCAGCCUCGUGCACAGCCAUGAGCUGCCCCUGGACCCCGCCAAGCUGGACAUGCUGGUGGCCCUGGCACAGGGCAACGACGAGGGGCAGGUCUGCUAUCAGGAGCUGGUAGACCUGAUCAGCAGCAAGCGUUCGAGCAGCUUCAAGCGAGCCAUCGCCAACGGGCAGCGAGCCCUGCCCCGGGAUGGGUUGCUCGAUGAGACCGGCCUGGGCUUCUACAAGCGCUUCGUCCGCUACGUGGCCUACGAGAUCCUGCCCUGCGAGAUGGAUCGGCGCUGGUACUUCUACCAGCACCGCACGUGUCCCCCGCCCGUCUUCAUGGCAGCCGUCACCCUCACCCAGAUCAUCGUGUUCCUGUGCUACGGCGCCCGGCUGAACAAGUGGGUGCUGCAGACCUACCACCCUGAGUACAUGAAGAGCCCCCUGGUUUACCACCCCGGGCACCGCGCCCGCGCCUGGCGCUUCCUCACCUACAUGUUCAUGCACGUGGGGCUGGAGCAGCUGGGGUUCAACGCCCUCCUGCAGCUGAUGAUCGGGGUGCCGCUGGAGAUGGUGCACGGCAUCCUGCGCAUCAGCUUCCUCUACCUGGCCGGCGUCCUCGCAGGCUCCCUCACCGUCUCCAUCACGGACAUGCGCGCGCCCCUGGUCGGUGGCUCGGGGGGGGUCUACGCGCUCUGCUCGGCUCACCUCGCCAACGUCGUCAUGAACUGGGCCGGGAUGCGCUGCCCCUACAAGCUGCUGCGGAUGGUGCUGGCGCUGGUGUGCAUGAGCUCGGAGGUGGGUCGCGCCGUCUGGCUCCGCUUCUCGCCCCCGCUGCCGGCUUCGGGCCCCCAGCCCAGUUUCAUGGCCCACUUGGCGGGGGCCAUCGUGGGCAUCAGCAUGGGGCUGACCAUCCUGCGCAGCUACGAGGAGAGCCUGCAGGACCAGUGCGGCUGGUGGGUGGUGCUGCUCUCCUACGGCACCUUCCUGCUCUUCGCCGUCUUCUGGAACAUCUUCGCCUACGACCUGCUGGGGGCACAGAUCCCCCCCCCGCCCUAAUGCCCUAAUUCCCCCCCCCCCCCCAAAAAAAAUAGCACCCCCCCAUGGGCCGGAGCCCGGUGGAAUGGGGGCCCCGCGCGUGAUACGGGGACAGGGUCGACCCCCCCCUGCCCCUUCGGUGCUAGCGACCGCGCCGCCCCCCCGCGGGCACCCCGGCAGCCCCCCCUUUGCCCCCCCCCUGGUUGAACGAAGCCGCCCCCUGGGGGUGUGGGGGGUGGGGGGGGCACCAGUGCGACCCCCACCCAAUUGAGGGGGGGUCCCCGCGUGCCUCCCCGCAGCCCCUUUCCAGGUUCCUCCGGGCCUGGGGGCCUGGCUCGUGCCCCCCCCCGCGCCCCCCCCCCAGAAGGGAAUUGCACUUUGACGCCGGGAGCGAUUUUAUUUUUCUACCCAAAGAAGCAGCGGAGCGGCGGGGGGGGGGUGUGUGGGGGGGGGCA